CCUUGUUAUUUGUAGAUUUUCUGUAUUUCUACUGAACUAAUGAGGGCUGCUGUUUACGUUUGCAAUAAAAUAGGACGCUGAUCUAAUUAUGCUGUCUUUGGCCACUCAUGAAGUUCAUUUCUCAAUCCUUAGAGAGAUUGUAUUCACCCCUGGGCAACAACAAAAAUGCUUUCUAUGCGGUCAGAUGGGCCAUUUAGCAGCAGAUUGUGAAGGAAAGGCAAAGAGGAAAGCUGGAGAAUUUGAUGAAAAAGGUGAUGGGAGUAUAGUGGCCAAAAAGCCAUACCAGUUUCUCAAUAUCUGGACUCUUAGGGAGUAUCUGGAAUAUGAGAUGAGGAUUCCCAACAUUCCAUUUGAGGUUGAUUUAGAACGAAUCGUGGAUGAUUUUAUUUUCAUAUGUUUCUUUGUCGGCAAUGAUUUCUUACCGCACAUGCCUACAUUGGAAAUACGUGAGGGUGCUAUAAACUUGUUGAUGGCUGUAUACAAGAAGGAAUUUAGGUCAUUAGGGGGAUAUCUGACUGAUGCAAGCAAGCCAAAUUUGGAGAGAGUAGAGCAUUUUAUUCAGGCCAUUGGAUCCUAUGAAGAUAAAAUAUUUCAGAAGAGGGCACGGUUGCAUCAG